CCACACGGUUAGAACUUUCUCCAAGAAAACAUCGAACGACAUUUAAAUUCGAGAAAGACUUCAAUCAGAUUUCAAAUAAAACAAUUGGCGCACCUUGCAAGUGAUUAUAUAAACACACAGAUAAUGGCUGGUAACAGCAUUACAAUCAACGGCGACAGCUAUGAGGUUAAUCUGGCUGCCCUGCCUGCGGACAUCUCGCUGAACACCUUCAUCCGAGAGCAUGCCGGUCUGACGGCCACGAAGUUCAUGUGCCAGGAGGGCGGAUGCGGCGUCUGCGUGUGCACUCUGACCGGCAUCCACCCGGAGGCGGGAGAGGUGCGCACCUGGGCCGUCAACUCGUGCCUCACGCUGCUGAACACCUGCCUGGGACUGGAGGUGACCACCGCGGAGGGGCUGGGCAACAAGCGGGUGGGCUACCACGCCAUCCAGGAGCGGCUGGCCAAGAUGAACGGCACCCAGUGCGGCUACUGCUCGCCGGGCAUCGUCAUGAACAUGUACGGGCUGCUCAAGUCCAAAGGGGGUCGCGUGACCAUGGAGGAGGUGGAGAACUCCUUCGGAGGCAACAUCUGCCGCUGCACCGGCUACCGCCCCAUCCUGGAUGCCAUGAAGUCCUUUGCGGUGGACAGCAACAUUCAGAUUCCCGCGGAGUGCGCGGACAUUGAGGAUCUGAGCACAAAGCAGUGCCCCAAGACGGGCAAGCAGUGCGCCGGCACCUGCAAGAAGCAGUCGCCCAAGGGGAGUCAGAUCUACCUCGAUGGCAGCCGCUGGAGCUGGCCCGAGAGCCUCAGCCAGCUCUUUGAAGCCCUGCAGAGCGCCGUCAAAGAGAAGCUGCCCAUCAUGCUGGUGGCCGGCAACACGGCCCACGGGGUGUACCGCCGCAGUGCGGACAUCAAGGCAUUCAUCGAUGUCGGAGGUUUGGCAGAGCUCAAGGGACACAAGCUGGAUGCUGGCUCCCUCACCCUCGGGGGCAACCUGAGCCUCACCGAAACGAUGGACAUAUGCCGCCAGCUGGAGAACACCAAAGGCUUCGAGUACUUGGCUCAGGUGUGGCAACACCUCGAUUGGAUCGCCAACGUUCCUGUUCGCAAUGCCGGCACCUUGGCGGGCAAUCUGACCAUCAAGCAUGACCACCCGGAGUUCCCCUCGGACGUGUUCAUCGUCCUCGAGGCUCUGGACGCACAGGUGAUUGUCCAGGAGUCGUUGGUCAAGCAGGCGACUGUCAGCCUUGCCUGCUAUCUGAAGACACCGAUGGAAGGCAAGAUCAUAAGGGGAAUAGUUCUCCCCGCUUAUCCCAAGGAUCGUUUUCUAUUUGACUCCUAUAAGAUCAUGCCACGUGCCCAGAAUGCUCAUGCCUAUGUCAAUGCCGCUUUCCUGCUCGAGUUGGACAACGCUUCAAAGGUGAAAACUGCGAGAAUUUGCUUUGGCGGAAUCAACCCGGAGUUUGUCCAUGCCACGGCCAUUGAGAAGUUGCUGCUGGGACGCAAUCCCUAUGAGAAUGGACUGGUGGAGCAGGCCUUUGGCCAGCUAUCGGCUCUUCUGCAACCCGAUGAGGUGCUGCCCGAUGCCUCUCCCGUUUAUCGACGCAAACUCGCCUGCGGACUCUUCUAUAAGUUUCUGCUGAAGACCGCAGAACAGAGGAAACAGGGAGUGGGCAGUCGCUUCGCUCUGGGUGGAGCCCUGCUGCAGCGACCAGUGUCGAGUGGAAAACAGAACUUUGAGACCUUCGAGGAGCAUUAUCCGGUGACCAAGCCCACGGAGAAGCACGAGGGACUCAUCCAGUGCUCUGGGGAAGCAACCUUCGCCAACGAUCUGCCCACGCAACAGAACCAGCUGUGGGCUUCCUUUGUGCACGCCAAAAAAGUUGGUGCAAAGGUCUCGAAGGUGGACCCGCAGCCUGCAUUAGCCAUACCCGGAGUGGUGGCUUAUUUGGAUGCCAAGGACAUACCAGGACCAAACUAUCUCGGACCCAAGACACGCGAGCCAAUGUUUUUUGCCGAAGACGAGGAGAUUUUUGCCACGGGCGAGAUCAAGUUCCACGACCAACCCGUGGGUGUGAUUGUCGCCAAUUCCAACGCGCUGGCCCAACGCGCCGCAGCUUUGGUGAAGCUGAGCUACGAAGGAGGAGCCAAGGAAGUGUUGCCCACACUUAAGGAUGUGCUGAACAAGGUGGGAGCUUCAUCCUGUGAGCGUCUGGAGCAUCGAUACAAGUCAACGCUGAAAAACCUCGAUCUGGAGGGAGAACACUUCGAUGUGAGUUCCUCCGGACAUCUGGACUUGGGCCUGCAGUAUCAUUAUUACAUGGAGCCACAAACGACUGUGGCAGUGCCCUUCGAGGGUGGAAUGCAAGUGCAUGUCACCACACAAUGGAUGGAUCUGUCGCAGGAUCUCAUUGCCAACAUUCUCAACCUCAAAGUCAACGAAGUGCAGGUGAAAACCCGCCGCUUAGGAGGUGGCUAUGGAGGCAAGGCCACGCGUUGCAACCUCGCCGCUGCUGCCGCUUCCAUCGCUGCCUACAAGCUGAAUCGUCCUGUGCGCUUUGUGCAGUCGCUGGAGUCCAUUAUGAGCACACUGGGCAAGCGCUGGGCCUUCCACUGUGACUACGAUUUCUUCGUGCAAAAGUCGGGCAAGAUCGUGGGCCUCGUCAGUCGCUUCUUCGAGGAUGCCGGCUACCUGUCCAACGAAUCCCACAUGGGCCAUGGCGUGGCGGUGUCCAGGAACUGCUACGAGUUCAGCGAUAACUAUAAGUUGGAUGGCUUUCUGGUGUACACAGACGCACCCACCAACACUCCGUGUCGUGCGCCGGGAUCAUUGGAAGGCAUUGCCAUGAUAGAGAACAUUCUCGAGCACAUUGCCUUCGAGACUGGGCAGGACCCCGCGGAUGUGCGCUAUGCAAACAUUUUGCCCAAUCACAAAAUGGGUGAAAUGAUGCCCGGAUUCCUGGCUAGUACGCUGUACAAGGAACGUCGCUCUGAGAUUAUUGCCUACAACAAGGAGAAUCGCUGGCGCAAGCGCGGAUUGGGGCUGUCCAUCAUGGAGUACCAAAUGGGCUACUUUGGACAGUACCCCGCAACGGUGGCCAUCUACCACAGCGAUGGCACUGUGGUGGUCACACACGGAGGCAUCGAAAUGGGACAGGGCAUGAACACAAAGAUAUCCCAAGUGGUGGCCCACUCUCUGGGCAUUCCCAUGGAACAGGUGCGCAUUGAGGCCAGCGAAACGAUCAAUGGAGCCAAUGCCAUGGGCACAGGCGGCUCCGUGGGCAGCGAGUCCAUUUGCUUUGCUGUGCGCAAGGCCUGCGACACGCUGAACUCUCGCCUGGCGCCGGUCAGGGAGGAGGUGAAGCCCUCCAACUGGCAGCAGCUCAUCAACGAGGCGUACAAUCGCAAGAUCAACCUCAUAGCGAAUGAUCAUUACAAGCAGGGCGACAUGGAUAAUUAUGCGGUGUGCGGCCUCUGCCUCACGGAGGUGGAAUUUGAUGUUCUGACGGGCAACUAUCUGAUCAGCCGCGUGGAUCUCCUGGAGGAUGCGGGAGAGAGUUUGAAUCCCUAUGUGGACAUCGGACAGAUGGAAGGCGCUUUAAUGAUGGGCCUGGGUUACUGGACGAGUGAGCAGAUUGUGGUGGACAAGCAGACCGGCGAAUGUCUGACAAAUCGCACGUGGACCUACAAGCCUCCGGGCGCCAAGGAUAUUCCCAUAGAUCUGCGCAUCCAAAUGCUGCCCAAGAGCCCCAACAAGGUUGGGUUUAUGAGGUCAAAGGCCACCGGUGAACCCGCCAUCUGUGUGGCCAUCGCUGUGGCCUUUGCCCUGCAGCAAGCCCUGCAAUCCGCCCGCGAUGAUGCCGGUGUGCCCAGGGCCUGGGUCACCCUCAAUGCCCCGAUGACGCCCGAGUAUCUGGUACUCCACGCCGGCACCGAGCCCGCCAGCCAGUUCAAGCUGAACUAAGUGGCACAAGGAGCGGGGCAGAAGAUCUGCUGCCCGUCGGUGGACAGAGCGUGAGACACGGGCACGUGGCCUGCGGCAGCGAUGGGUACGCUCCGAUAAGCACGCCAAGAUAUGCAUAGGAUGUACACCCCCCACUUAACCUACCUAGAGGAGCAGUCCUUGGUAUUGUAUGCACAAUAAAUUAAAAACUUAUCCAACGCUUAA